AUGUUUGUGCGACGACGCGGCGCUGUGCGCAGAGGGACCCGCAAAGUGCACGGUGUCACAUUAGAGUGUCUCUUGUUCGCCUCCUCUCACAGCCCUGUCAGUGAAUGCAGCUCUCUGGUCUCCGGGCUCUGGACCUGGAUCGGAGCUGAGCUCUUUGUUGCGCCGCCGCCUCGACAGCGAUGCGCGGAUGAGGCCGAGUGCCCGGAGCCGCUGCGCUCUGGACAGACUGAGCCUGAGCCUUUACUCUGUGCCGAACAGGACGUGAUAUCUCCCUCUAAACAGACCACCAGCAGUGUGCUGCAGGUAGCAGACAGCAGCCCCUUUGUGGUGCUGUAG